AUGUCAAAGUUAACAACUUCAACAGUAACACAGGGAGCACAGACUUUUAAUCAAGGCACUAGUACCCAAACUCAGGGCUCACCAACACCCACACAGAGAAACAUCUCAAAGAAAACAAUGUACCCUAAGCCACAGUUACAACAGAGUUCAAUCUCAGGGUAUGAACAGGCUGGUUCAGGAGUUUCCAGUCCAUACAAUGGAUCGGUUGGAUCGAUUCCCGUAUUGUUGCAACCACCAUCAACUUCAGUCUCGCCUAGCAAUUAUUAUGCAGUACCCCCAACUCAGUAUGUUCUGGAUACUUCACUUUAUUCAUCUGCAAAUCCUUAUGUUGCAGUUCCUGCAACAAUGCUUUCUCCAACGGUUGUGACUACAAGCCCUCAGAUGAAUGCUACCUACACAAGCUAUGGUCUUGUCCCAAGCACAAAUUUAGGAUACACAGUAAUAGGAGCCUCCCCUACGAACACUUCAAGACCGUCAAAGUAUUCCCCAGGAUGUUGUUAA